CUUCAGCCUCCGCAUUGUCUGCCUUGCACUCACCAAUCCUCUACCAUCGUUAAUCCCUUUUUAGUCUCUAUUUAAGUCCCACUCUUGAUUCGCUUCGAUUAUUUCUCACAACCCGACCUUUCCCUCCCACGUUCCCUACAUUGACAUCGUGGUUCCUGGCAACACAGCCCCGCCCCCCCUCGAAUUGAUGGAUCAGCACGACGACUUCGACAGCGUCUCCUGGAGACACGAUCCCGACAGCGAUCUCUCCCGCCCAACCACCUCCGGAACCGAUGCCGAAGAGGCCCCAGAGUAUCAUCAUGAUGCCAAUGGCAAGCGGAGGAUGAGCUCCGCCGAGGAAAGCCCUCAGGCUGGUCCGCUGGCCGACGCUGUGGAUCUGGCGGGAAUAGGGGACGGGUCGCUUGAGUGCCUGGUGGAUUCGCCGCUGAAGGAGAAUGAUGGGACUAAAGAUGCUUAUAUCUCUUAUUUGGUUACGACACAUACCGACUUCAAGUCGUUUCAAAAAUCCGAUUUUGCCGUGCGACGUCGAUUUACGGACUUUUAUUUCCUCUACAAGACCCUGUACCGCGAAUAUCCCGCCUGUGCGGUCCCGCCGCUGCCGGAGAAGCACAAGAUGGAAUAUGUGCGGGGGGACCGGUUCGGGACCGAAUUUACCACCCGCCGCGCGUGGUCGCUGUCUCGUUUUCUCAAGCGGCUGACGCUGCAUCCUGUGCUUCGGCGGGCUCCGCUGCUGGCGGUGUUCCUCGAGUCGCCCGACUGGAAUGCGCACAUGCGGCUGCGGUCGUCCCGCACCUCGUCGACCGCGGCGGACGGUACCGGCGGCGUGCCCGGCAUCUUCGACAACUUCACCGACACCUUUGUCAAUGCGUUCACCAAGGUGCACAAGCCCGACCAGCGGUUCAUCGAGGUGCGGGAGAAGGCGGAUAAACUCGACGAGGAUCUCAACCACGUGGAGAAGAUCGUGGCGCGGCUGGCGCGGCGCGAGGCGGAUCUGGAGACGGACUACAACGAGCUGGCGACGCAGUUCCGCAGUCUGGUGAAGCUGGAGCCGGACGUCGAGGUGCCACUGCAGGUGUUCGCGGCGUCGGUGGAGGAGACAGCGCGGGGGCUGAAGAAUCUCAAGGAGCACACAGACCAGAACUACCUGGGGUCGCUGCGUGACAUGGCGGCUUACAUCCUGUCGGUCAAAUCACUCCUCAAGACGCGCGAGCAGAAGCAGCUCGACUUCGAAGCGCUAGUCGACUACCGCAACAAAGCGGUCGCAGAGCGCGACUCGCUCGCCACAAACCCCUCGUCGUACUACGCCUCCAACCCACUGACGUCCUCCCCAGCGUCGUUCAUCCGGUCCAAAAUGGAAGACAUGCGCGGGGUAGACCACGAGCAGUCGCGGCGCGAGCGGGUGCGUAAGCUUGAGCUCCGCAUCGACGAGCUAACGCGCGAGGUGGAGUCAGCGCGCACGACGUCGGAGAUGUUCGACGAGGAGGUGGUCCGCGAGGUGGCGGACUUUGAGCGCAUCAAGGCGGUGGAGUUCCGCGACACGCUGGGACAGCUGGCGGAGAAGCAGAUUGAGUUUUACCAGGGGGUGCUGAACACGUGGGAGAGAUUUGUGGCGGAGAUGGAUGUGGAUGAUGUAGAGCAUGGGAUAUGAGUAUUCUCCAGAAUGGUAUGCAUUAUACGACUUAUUAUG